UACCGAUUUACGUAAACACCAACUCCAUUUCAUCAACGUACUACUGUAUUUAUAUGUUAGCAAAAUCCUGAACUUUUUUACCAAAUAAAAAAAGAAGCCUGCCUUUUUUGUUCAGAUUUUGACCUUUUCGCCACGGAAAUGCAUAUUUUAAAAUCCAUGAUUGCCAAGUACUUGAUUGUUUCACUGUUGCUCCUAGGCUUUAUUGCAUUAACCUCCACUGCUCGAUUUCUCGAUGAACAAACUGAUUGGAAAGCUAUGCAUCCUCAAGGAGCCCCUGCCCCCAACCCUGUUCCAAACACAGACCUUGCUUUUACCUUUUUCAUGCAUGAUAUACUUGGAGGGUCUAACCCCACAGCUAGAGCUAUCACCGGCAUAGUUAACAACCCGCGACUAAGUGGCCAACUCCCCUUUGCUAAGCCUUAUGGCGCAGUCCUCCCUAUGAAUAGUAGAGUCAAAGUAGAUAAUUCUGGCGGCCUCCCCUUCCUCACAGGCUUGAGUGGCACCACUUCUAAUAUUUUCCAAAAUAAUGGCAUGAAUGGAGUACGUCUCCCAGUUGGUUCAACCAUAGAGAAGCUUAUGUUUGGGACUAUGACUGUGGUUGACGAUGAGCUUACUAUAGGGCCUGAGCUGAGCUCUGGUAGGGUGGGAAAGGCACAGGGUUUCUAUGUGUCAAGUUCUGUGGAUGGUAAAAGUCAAGUGAUGGCCCUCACUGCUAUGUUUGAGACUGGAGGUUAUGCUGAUACAAUCUGCUUAUUUGGGGUUCAUCUGUUAGGUGUAUCGGAAUCUCAGGUGGCGGUCAUGGGAGGAACUGGCAAGUUUAUCAAUGCUAAGGGGUAUGCCAUUGUCAAGUCCUUACCACCCUCAACAAAUCAGGUUCAGACUGAUGGGGUGGAGACUGUGGUCCAAUUCACUGUCUAUGUUACCUAUUAAAUUCUUUUUUCAUUCUUUUUCUUUUUUUUUUUUUUUUUUUACCUCCUUUCUUUGAUUUGGAGAAGCUACAAGAUUAUUUUUUUUACUGUGAUUUGCAUAAUCACAAUUAGAACCCUUGAUUGUUUUGUUAGUGAUAGUGUUCACAGUUCAUUACAUACCUUUAAGGCUUGGUAUAAAAUUAUUAUCUUACUAUUUUCUUGCUUAAAAUUAGUACUGUCGACCAGCUUUGUUUUUUGUUUAGUCUAGGCAGAUAUAACAGCUUACUUGUAGGAAUAAGAGAGCUAAUAACAUUUCAACAUUUAACAAUGAGAUGGCUUUACACAACUUGCAAUCCUUUGUAAGACAAUAUUGAUAUAUGAUGAUGUCGAUUCCCAAGAAG